GCAGUAGUUACAAAUGACAGCAGAUUUAAAGCAAAGAAGAUCUGGAAGAGGAUGCUACAGAAACGAGUCCACAUCUGCACAAUAACAUCAAAAACGGGAGCGGAAAUAAGAGGAAUAAGCUCAUUUUGACUUUUUCCCCCUCCCCUCUUCUUCUCUUUAUAGGCAAAGUUUGACGUAAUUCUUCCCCCUGGGUCUGGACAUCAGGAAUAAGCUGUGUAGUGUCAUCAUGGAAGUAUUUCCUAAGGAAGAGUAAAAUAUAUCUCUUCAAUCUUGGACUUAUUGGAGGUAACAUUUAACAAGCAGCAAAGUUUGCAGUCUGCAGGAGUUUUUCCAGAUGUGUUUGCUGAUGCAGACCGCGGCUGGUUAAUGAAACACACUCACACCCCGAAAAAAAAAACACACACACACACAGUUGUAACCCUGCAGAUGUUGAAGGAUUGAUUAACAUCGCUGCUUCACAACAAGUCAGAAAAGUUUUCGACGUUAUUUUCGUGGAUAUAUAUUUCUGUUUUUUUGCGAUAUGGACGGACACCGAGGAGACAAACUAAAGGAGCCUAAAUCGUAACUUUUUUGGACGGUGUGAUGUUUGGGUGAAGACCGUGGAAACUCACAAGGGAAGCCCAAUGAGUGGGACACAGUCAACACUCACUGACAGGACCCCAAGCAUUCUCAACAAGGAUCCCGCAGACAAGAAACCUAAAAAUGACAAGUCUUCUGUCUCCCUCAAACAUGAGUUUGACCCUACAGGGCUCGUGCAGCGUUGUGUGAUAAUCCAAAGAGAUGAAAAUGGCUUCGGGCUGACAGUAAGUGGAGACAACCCUGUGUUUGUGCAGCUGGUCAAAGAAGAUGGAGCUGCGAUGCGAGCAGGUGUCCAAACAGGAGAUAGGAUCAUUAAGGUUAAUGGGACCUUAGUUACACAUUCAAACCACAUAGAGGUUGUAAAGCUGAUAAAAUCGGGAUCCUAUGUAGCCCUGACGGUGCUGGGCAGGCCUCCUGGGCUUCCUCAUCUCCCUCUGGGGGAAGAGGAGAAGGAGGCAGGGAGAGAGGUCAGCACUCUCUGCUCUCUCUCGGUGCCCCACUCACCUGCACUGCCAGGUGGAGAACAACGCAGCAUCACGUCCCUGGAGCACAUCGCCUCCUUUCUGCCUGAUGGGGAUGAGAACAAAAUCACGCACAGCCAGAAAGUUGACAUCCUAAAGAUGAUAACCAAGGAGCAACAGGAGUUACAGGCAAAGGAGGACGAUUACAGCAGAAACCCUCGACCUAAACUACUGAAGGAGAUCCAGGAGGGAAAGAAGCACAUUUCACUGCUGCAGGAGCAGCUCAGUAAAGCAACAUCAUUACAGGAUGGAGCCGCAGGGUCCAGGAACGAUGAAGCUGAGGAGGGGGACAGCGCGUCUCCUCUGAGGGAACAGACAGUGUCCUCGCGGGGUGAUGGCACUAACGACGGGCCCUGGACCAACAACAACUCUUUGGGUAGCAGCCCUCUCCCAGACAGUCCUGGUAAAAGAGAGACGCCCUGUCAGAGCCCAAACAUCAGCCGUCACGGCCUCAACUCCUGCUCGUCGCCCGACACUGAGGACACCCCCGACUCUGACUGCAGCGCCCAGUGCACUGUGGGUAGCCGUCCCUACCUCCUCCACCCGCAGAUCAUUGGAGCAGAAGAUGACUACUUUGACUCUCAACAAGAGCAGAUUAAUGGGCAGUGCAGCUGUUUCCAGAGUUUAGACUUGCUGAAGUGUCGUCCGGCUCACCUCGCCGUCUUCCUCCAUCAUGUGGUCUCGCAGUUUGAACCCGCGCCUCUGCUGUGUUACCUCUACGCUGACAUGCACAAGCAAACCACCUCCAAAGAAAGCCGACGCUUCUUCAUGGAGUUCCACUCGCUCUUCAUGGAUCGAGCAGCAAAUCUUAAAAUACCAUUGCCAGAGACCAUUGCUUCUGAAUUAGAGAAGCGGAGGCUGGAGUUAAUCCCAGAGGAUCUCUGCAAACAGUUCACCCAGCAGUUACAGGACGCACUGCUGCCAGACCUGCACAAGAACCUGGAAGACUUUAGACAGAAGCGCAGUAUGGGUCUGACUCUGGCUGAAGACGAGCUGUCUAAGCUGGAGUCAGAGCGAGGAAAAGACCAGCAGGCCAUAGAGAAGGAAUGCUCCUGUGCUGAACACAUCCUCACUAAGAUAGAAGAUAUCCUGUUGACUUCACAUCCCACAGAAGAGGAGAAGUGCCAAACAAUGCAGUAUGUGCUUCUCACCUAUAUGAAGCACCUCGGGGUGAAAGUGAAGGAGCCUCGCGGCCUCGAACAUAAGCGAGCGCGUAUUACUUUCCUGCCCAAGAUUAAGAAGAGUAUCAAGCCAGAGAAGGAGGGCGAGGAGAAGGUGAAGAAGCCUCGCUUUCCCAACAUCCUCGGCCCUCCUCGCCGUCUAAGUAGAGUUGAUUCAACAUCAGUCGGUAAGGCCGUGGAGUUGAACAAGCAGCGGUCACCAAAGCAGCUAACUCAGCCGGCCUUCGGCAUCCCCGAGCAGUCCGACUCCUCUGCCUCAAAUUCUGGACGGAGCCGUGGGAAUCAGCCCAGCGAAGGCUCGGACACAAGCGCCCAUUUUUCACCGUCUACCACCUCACCUAUACACAGCUCCCCCACUGGUCCGGCUUCAGAUACCAGCGGACAAGACUCAGACUCCAAUGUCUUCCCAUUAUCCAUCCAGCCCAGACAGACUGAGGGUCUGCAGUCUGGAGACCACCAGGACGGCGUAUCCAGUCCGACCAGCACUCAGUUUGACUUCAGCCCCUCCACUCUGGAGCAAUUGCAGGAGGAAGACCCGGAAAAUUUCAGUAGGAUGGAGGUGCAGUGUGCUCUGAACCCAGCCGACAUCCACAGUGAAGACGACCAGGGAGGUGAGGUGGUGGGUGGAGAAGACCCCCCGAACUGGCAGAGUCUGGUCAGCCGAGAUGUCCUCGCAAGCUUGACGCCAAAGGAAAUCAAAAGGCAGGAAGUCAUCAAUGAGCUGUUCUACACUGAGCGCGCCCACUUGCGGAUGCUGAGGGUGUUGGACUGUGUUUUCUGUCAGAGGUUGAACAGAGACGGUGUUCUCCCCUCAGAAGACAUCAAACACAUCUUUACCAACCUGGACGAAAUCAUUCAGCUUCAUGUUUCUGUAACAGAGCAAAUGGUAUCAAUCAGGAAGAGGAGCGAGACUUCGGUGAUCGGUCAGAUCGGAGAUGAUCUUCUGGCGUGGUUCAGCGGCGAGGAAGAGGAGAAGAUAAGAACAGCAGUGGGAACUUUCUGUAGCAACCAACCGUCUGCACUGGAGCUCAUCAAGACCAGACAGAAAAAAGACCAGAGGUUCACUUUAUUCAUGCAGGAGGCCGAGAGUAACCGUCUGUGUCGCAGGCUGCAGCUUAAAGACAUCAUUCCUGUGGAAAUGCAAAGAGUGACCAAGUACCCACUCCUACUAGACAACAUUGCCAAGUACACAGAGGACGGCGAGGAAAGAGAAAAGGUGAAGAAAGCUGCAGAGUGCUGCAAAAAGAUCCUCAACCAAGUCAACCAAGCCGUCAAAGAGGCCGAGAACAAACAGAGGCUUGAGGACUAUCAGAGACGGUUGGACGUCUUGUCACUGAAGCAGACUGAAAACCCCGUCAUCCUCGAGCUGAAGAAUCUCGACCUGACCAAGAGGAAGAUGGUGCAUGAAGGACCUCUCUCCUGGAAAGUCAAUAAAGACAAGACGAUUGAGCUGUACACGAUCCUCCUGGAGGACAUCAUGGUUUUAUUGCAGAAACAGGACGAGCGUCUGGUCCUCAAAUUCCACGGCAAGAGUCUGGCCAGCGCCACCGACACCAAGCAAACCUUCAGCCCCAUCAUCAAACUCAACACUGUCUUAGUUCGUCCAGUGGCUACAGACAACAAGUCUUUCUUCGUGCUGUCCAUGUCAGAGAACGGGGCUCAGAUCUACGAGCUGACGGCUCAGACGGUGUCCGAUCAGAGAAUGUGGCAGCGGCUGAUCACACAGCGCGCCGACGCCAUGAAGGCCAAACCUCAUAACAGCGUUGCUCCUCCAGCUCCAUCUGAUGCUGAGCGGGAUGCUAUUGAGAUCAUCAACUGUGGGAUGCCGAAGUCCAGCAAAGAUGCUAAUGGCACCCCAAGUGGAAGUGUCCAUUCCUCAGUGCCAGAUAUAGACGUCGCCUCUUCUCCCGACAUUCAAGCUCCACCGACGAGUCUCAACCCUUUCGAUGGCAUGAAGUCAGACGACGAGGAAGAGGAGCUGGCAGUGGCAGACAGACCGGAGGAAGAGCUGGAUGAGGUCGAUGAAAAAGAACUAGAGGCUUUCCUGGAUGGGCAGCUGGAAAACAGACUGUCCCUCCUUCAGGAAGGGUCGCGCCAAGGCAUCGCCUUUGAAAAUCAGGAGCACAAUGCAUUCGGCUUACCCACCUCCAAAGCUGAAGACGCUCUGAGGACAUUGGUGAUGCUGAAGCAGGUGCUUUUCAACCACAUGAUGAGCAGAGAAGCAGAGGAGGAGAAAGAGGAGACUGAGGAAAACAAGCCGAGUAGGGCUACCGGCUGUCAGCUGAGUGCCUCCUUGCCUGGGAGCCCAGAGGGGCCUUCUGCUGCGUGUGAUGAAAGCCGAGCAUCUGCAAGUUCACAAAAAGACGACUCUCAGCUAUCACCUGGACACGCUGGACUGUCUGAGACAACCGAACGCAACGGUGGUUUUGUGGUCCUGGAUUUUAGUGGGGCCUCUGAAGAGAGCAGCACUGAUGAUGACGUGGUAGUAGGAGGAGGUGAUUUGGGGAUCGACAUGAGGAAACUGCUGUCCUCCUCCUCGCAGACAGGGGGCGACGGUCCCAAUCUCAGCCGGCAGCUUAUGACCCACCUGCGCCUCCUACAGGCCGACCUGCAGUAUCUGAAGGAGGUGGAGAUGAAGUACAACGAGCUGCGACAAACACUGCCUGACAUGGCUGCUGACUCUGACGACAAUAAUGAUGGGAUUCAGUGAUGACAGACUUCCUGUUGUCUCGAUCAUGUGAGCCAAAUUUCACGUCACUCGUCGAUGAUCGCAUUCUUCUGGACGAAAUCCUCGACCAAUUUUCACUGUUAUCGCCAAUAAGGAGGCUCACUGCCCAUGUGACAAUCAGUGGAAGACUUUAUCAUUAUUAUGAGGAAUGCUCCACUGUAAACUCAGACUCCUUCAAGAGAAGAGACUCUUUGGAAUAAACUGAGGACAGUUCAGUCACGUUUUGCUAUAGUAAUAAUAAUCAACUGCAUAAAUUAUCGUAAACACUGGAGAUAUGAAACUGAAAAGGGUAAGUCGGGUGUGUGAAGUCACUAACAUGUAUAGCAGUGAAGCAUUCAGAAAUGGAAAAAAAGACAUGAGGACUGUGACAGUAGAUUAUUCUUCAGGACUCAUAGCACUGCUGUAGGCUUGAUAUAAGAGUCUGCGUUAAGAAAUAAGAGAUAACCUGUAUAGCAAACCUCUCCCCGAAUGCCAGAUAUUCCUCCUGCCACACUGAUGGUGAAGUUUUUUUUAAUUUAAUGUUUGUCUUUAGUCUUUCUUUGCAUACAAUUGGAAGUGUACUCUGAAGUAAAACAAAAAAACACCACCAACCAAUCUAAAGCUCACUAAUUAAUAUGCUGUAUUUGGUUUGUUUAAUGUGUAAAAAAUGAGCAAUUAGGGGGGAGUUAUGUGUUGGAACUAUGUCAUGGACAUUGUGAUUGCACAGAGAAUUAAAGCUCACCUACAAUAUGUGCUAACACAUGCUAUAGCUGGAGGAUGGAUAAACUGUUGUUUGUCGAGAAAUACAAAAAAUAGCUCCAGCCUGUAGCUCUCCCUAAAACCACAUUUUGUUGUAACAUUUAUUCCUGUGUAAAGAUUAAACAAAUGAUAUACAAUGUGUAAGUUAGUGAGCUUUGAAAGUGCAUGUUUUUGAACUUUGGACAGACCCAGGCUAACUGUUUCCAUCUGUUUCCAGUCUUUAUGCUAAGCUAGGCUAAUCAUGGCCUGAAGCCAGCUCCAUGCUGAACACACAGACAUGAUAUUAAUAUCAAUUUUGUCACAUCUCAUUUAAAAAGAAAACAAAUCAUAAGUACUUCUCAAAACUGUGAACCACUCCUUUUUAAAGAGCAACUUAACCAUUGUCACCUGUAACCCCAUCCUACAGUGAUAUGACAGAGUCACUGCAGCAAGAAUGUCAGCAAAGACUUUCAGGGGAUGUUCAAGCACCUAAAAUUAAACCACUUAAAAUGGCAAUAAGGUUUGUGUAUGUGAAAUCCACAUUUUUUUGUUCAUGUUUAUUGUCGAGUCCAUCAUUUCUUUAGGGAAAGGCCACAAAAUAGUAAUUGUCCUACUUGCAAAGUUGCAGCUUUUGCUUGUUACAGUAACCUACUUUUUGUUUAGCAGCUGAUUUCAAAAGUCCCAGAUUUCAAAACUUCCUAUAGCACUUGAAUGUAGCAUCAUAUGGCAAAUACAUUAAAAUGGUUUAAUAAGGAAAAUCUGAAAAAUAGAGUAAACGGGAUGUCAGCCCAAAUCUAAAAUGUUUCACUUACAAAUAAACAAACAAAACAACAGAUAGUUGAAAAACAGAAGCAGUUUGACAUGUCUGUGUUUUAAAUGAUGUCUCAAAUUGAGUAUGGCACUUCUUUCCAAACACUGAAACAAUGCACUCUUAAUCUAAAGUUCAACCUGGCAACAACAUACUGAACGGAUUUAUUCACAUUGUGUGUUACUGGGGUGUUUUUCCGAUGCUGCACACAACUCCAUACAUUUAUUUACACCAUAAAAUAGAUACUCCAGAAUGUGUGCACAUGUGAAUUUAUUGAAUUGAGCUAUAUUGUGUAUUGCAGAGGUUUUUUUUCUCACUGACGCUGGCCUACAUGAUAGCUUGCACUAACCCGAGUGCAGUUUUUCACCUCUUUCAGCACUGAACUGAUUGAAUGUUUCUUCCACUGAAAUACUGUAAUGGAGAGUAUGUGUUAUCAUUCCUGAUUGGAGGUUUUCUUCAGGAUCCGUUCAUGCUCUGCAGCAGUCUACUAAUGAAAGCUUGUAACCAACCACAAAAUUGUUGUAUGUUUAAUCUGCAGUUCUUUGCCAAAGUAAAUCCUUUAGGUACAAGCUGCAAUGAUUCACUCAUCAGACCUCUGCACCUUCACGGUUGGACUGAAAAGACUCAAAUAUUCACCGGCCACAAGACUGCACAGAUGAAGUUAUGGCUUUGAUUUUUGGACUAACUAUAUAUAAAGAAAAAAAAGAAACCUGAGAAGUCUAUGUAAACAAAAAUGACUUGUUUUCAUUGUAAAGGAAUAUAAUGUACAAUUAUCACUGUAUAUCAAAGGAUUUGUUUUAUUUGCCCUGUUGUUGUUUUUUUACACCAUGCAAUUCCAUCAUGUUUUAACACAAACUACUUUAAAAGAAGGUAAAGUAUCCAUGCAAUAUUAAUCUGUUGUAUAAAUGUAUUAACCUUGUAAACGUGUUUGCUGAGAGGAGAUUUGAAACUGAUCUGUUGUUAAAAAUGA